UUUUUCCUUAAUGGAUCCUCAUCAACAAUGUAAAUACAUUUAAGAAAUCUCUUAUUAAGAGAACGAUCAGGUUUUAUGAAUCAAUAUUAUAGCUAAGAUAAAGAGUUUCAGAACUUGAAGCAAAAAAUGCUGAAUUAUAAGAUGAAGUUGAAACAUUAAAUGAUCUAUUAGAAUAAGAGAAGGGGAAUUGUUUAUAAAAAGACAAAGCUAUAUAAACAUUAUAGGUUAUGAAUUAGGAUUUAAAUUACAGAGUAUCUGAUUUGUAAAAUAAAGUUGCAGAAAAAGACACUAAAAUUUAGGAACUUCAAAAUAUUAUAAAAUAAAAAGAUGAUCAAAAUAUGUAGAUUAAUAAAGAUUUAAGGAAAAUUGGAAGUAAAUCAAAAUAAUAAAGAAGAUAAAGCAAUCCAAAAAAAUAAUGA